CAAUGUUUUGUUAAAGAUUACAUGAACAAAAUUAUUAUGAAUCAUUUUUAUAUGUUUUUAUUGUAGUAUUCACUUGUGUUAGUAGUUUCCAAUUUUGCUUAGUUAUGGAUUCCUCACGAAGGACCAAUUCCGAAGAGCAACGGUGUGUACUGGGUUUGCAAGAUUUGAAAAUAUCCAACAAAGAUGACAAUGAUACUGAGCAAGCGCACUCUGCCUCGACUUCCAACUUAAGUGCUCAAACAAAGACUAGACCUGUCGGUGCGAUAGAGAGUUUUACUUUAGAAAAUGCCUCUCUCAAUCGGCAAGAUUACAGUUUUUACGAGCGAUCGAAUGUAAUAGCGUCCUCCAAAUUUGCGACUCCCAAACGAGUAGAGACGAUAGCAUCAAUCAAUAAACGUGAUAUUAACACUACUGCGCUUCCGGCUAGCCCUACGCGAUCUAUAGACUCUAUUUCGCAGAGGUCGCUCAGUUACCAAACCGAAGAUUUGUACGAAAUACCCGGUAAUACCAAUAGUCAGUAUCCGCAACCAGUGUAUGAAAACAUUGAGUAUUACGGCGAGCAACAGUUGCCGCAGCCUCCGUAUUACCACCAGCUGUAUCAGAGCUCGCCCCUCGUCGCCGAAGGGUACUACAACACACGGUACAGUAAGGCACAACCACAGGUUCCUGUUAAUAACAAAACUAAAUUAAAUCCCCUGCUCUAUGAGAAUAUGCUUUGUCCUGAAAAUGAUAAGAAGAUUGACUAUAAAGUGCAGCCUAAUCCAGACCAGCAAUACAUGCAGCAGGGCUCGGUUCCUGGACCCCAGGUGCCCAACACUACUAUAAACAGAAGCAGCUCACAGAAACUAUUGAAUGAUAAAAACAAAAUAGACAAGGCCCCUCCUCCACCACCCUACAUCUCCUCAACAGACAGCUCCAGUAGUGAUUAUACCGUCAUGAAGUCUGCACCACCUAAAUACACUGAUGUCAGUGCUCUUUUAAAAAAUAACAGCUCUGUAAGUUUUGAUGAUAAAGUUGUGACAAUUCCUUCAACCGCUAUUUAUGCGUCAAUCGCACCAAGUGCUCAAAGACCUAAGGCAAAUAUUGCUACAGAGGUUCAAGGGGCAGUCAUUGCUCCAAAGUACUUCCAUCCUAAACCAGCUACAACCCACAUAGGGAAUGGACUGGGGAAAGUGAAGCCUGCUGUUAAUGGUAGCUAUAUUUCCAACCUUAAACCUAUUCCUAAUAGAAUGCAAAUUGUAGAGGAUACUAAUGGGUCUGAUUAUGUUUGUAUGACUGGAGGAUCUCCCGCUGCUGCUGUAGCUGCAGCAAAUAAGGACAAUGUGUCUCUAGCAUCGGAAUCAAUAAGUUCACGUAAUAUGGCCUCGGGGUUAACAUCUAUGUGUUCACCUGUUCAGUCACCUGCACCUAGUCCGACUCCUAGCUCAGUCUCACAGCUGUCUGGAGGAUCACGAGGCUCCGGAGGUCGUGGGAAGAGCCUUCUUCCUUACAGUAUUACACCUCCACGCCCACCGGGGCCUAGUGAAGCACAGCGUAAAAUAGAAGAACUAACAAGACAACUUGAGGAAGAAAUGGAGAGACAGGAUGAGGAAGGAGAAUACUUUGGUAUAUGCCACACUUGUGGUGCUGGAGUAACAGGUGCAGGGCAAGCGUGCCAAGCAAUGGGUAAUCUUUACCAUACCAACUGUUUUAUUUGCUGCUCUUGUGGCCGGGCUUUAAGAGGCAAGGCAUUCUAUAAUGUUCAUGGAAAAGUAUAUUGUGAAGAAGAUUAUCUGUACUCUGGAUUUCAACAAACUGCAGAAAAAUGUGCAAUAUGUGGGCAUCUAAUAAUGGAAAUGAUUUUACAAGCUAUGGGGAAGUCGUAUCAUCCUGGUUGUUUCCGUUGCUGCAUCUGCAAUGAGUGUCUGGAUGGAGUUCCCUUCACUGUGGAUGUUGACAACAAAAUCUACUGUGUCAACGAUUACCAUCGAAUGUUCGCUCCUAAAUGUGCUAGCUGUGGCAAAGGUAUAACCCCGGUGGAGGGGACCGACGAGACAGUGCGCGUGGUGUCCAUGGACCGCGACUUCCACGUGGACUGUUACAUGUGCUGCGUGUGUGGCAUGCAGCUAACCGACGAGCCCGACAAACGCUGCUAUCCACUAGCUGGCAAGUUGAUGUGUCGCGCCUGCCAUUUGUCAACCAUCGGCGCGUCCACAGGGCCCGGAAUGCCACCAGCGCCGCACCUUUCCCCAGCCUCCUACCAGUAUAUGGGCUAACUCGUAACAUUGAAUACUGUUUGAGACAGUUGUGUGUGCUUUUGCAUUGAUGUUGCAAAAAGCUGUGAUUUAAUUGAAUUGUUCAAAUAAAUAACUUUUGUGAAUGGUAGUAGUGAAAGCGUUAUUAGAUUUAAAAAUAAUUAGUCUAUGCAUUGUUCGCACUUAGGGGCGCGCCAAUCACCAUUUACCAUUAUGAGACUUCAGUGACAGUUUUAAUUCUCCAUACAUUUGCGUUGAUCCAAUAAUCCAUGUAAACAAUAUUUGUAUUAAUUACUUAUUAAUGCAAACUAAAAGUUAAAAAUAUUAAGAAACAUAAAUUCAGACAGAAAAAAACAUUUUAAAUUUAAUUUAUUGCAACACAUUUUUAAACGCAAUGCUUUAAUUGCCUAAGCCUAAGUGCGUUAGACUAAUACGGACGUCUCAUGUUGUACAUUUUUCUUAAUGUAUAUAUGAAAUAACUAUUUUGAAUGGUGGUAUUUUAAAGCUUUUUCAGGUUUAAGUUUAAAACUUUACAUCUUCUUACAAAUCAAUUGGAUUGAGAGAAAACUGAAAACUGAAAAUUUCAUUACUUUGCCUAUCGUGGGUGGGAAUAUAAUUGUAUGUAACGCAGACAUUUUAUUUAGUCUCGUAAAUUCUAAAAAUGAGCUUAAUGUAAGCGUGACAGGGAGAAGCGCAAGUCUUUGCAUUGUAAAUUUUAUACAAUAGUAAUUUAUACGCCUGUGCAUGCAUUGAACCGUACAAAAAUAAUUUGACAAACAGUUUUUGCAAUGCAAAAUGCAUUGCGAUGCUUGUCACUGUAUGUGCUAGCCAUAAUGGUGCAACAAUCAUGUUUGUCAUUAGAUCUAAUACCUAUUUAUGACAGUGCAGUAUUCAGUAACUUUUCGGACUGUUUCUUUCAUCCUGACAUCAUGUUAUCAUUAGUUUACAACUAGCAAUUUCAAAUGAUGCAUGUCGUAUGAAGAUAGAAUGGCAACCUGUCUUAAAAGUUAUUGAAUAA